GUUACCAGCUGCUGGCCCAUUCCAAUCCUUGUCGGAGUGGAAACACGGGGGCCGACAGUCCUCUUUUUUUCUCCCUUCCCGUUUACCUCGUUGUGCUUUCUUUUAUUUCACCCCGCUUUACUCUCUUUCUCUCUUUUCCUCGGCAGAUAACUUUUCCUUUUCUCUCCCCUCCUUUCCGCUCCGUUUGAAGGUUUUAAAGCCCUGUCCAUAAGCUCUACUUAAUUAUUUAUUUAUUUAUUCUUUCUUUUUUUUUUUUUUUAUCAAAACGGAAUAGUCAGUUAAUAUUUUUUAGAUGUACCACAAAUGAGAAGACGCAAAAGAUGGAGCUGCACAUUUUAGAGCACAGUUUAAAAGUAGCAAGUAUAGCGAAAGAGGGAAUCCAGAUUUGCACUCACGGAUUAAUCAAACUAGCUUUUCUGCCCUCUAAAACAAGAUGUAAGUUCUUUAGUUUAACCGAAACUCCGGAGGAUUACACCAUCAUCGUGGAUGAAGAUGGCUUUAAAGAGCUGCCAGAAUCUGAGUAUCUCAGUGUGGCCGAUGCGACAUGGUUGGCUCUUAAUGUGGUGUCCGGGGGCGGGAGCGCAACCAGCUCUCAGCCAAUCGGAGUAACGAAAAUAGCAAAAUCAGUCAUCGCCCCGUUGGCAGACCAUAAUAUCUCUGUAUUCAUGCUGUCGACAUACCAGACUGAUUUUAUAUUGGUUCGAGAGAGGGAUCUGCCCAUGGUCAUGCACACGCUGUCUUCGGAAUUCACUCUGCUGAGGGUUGUCAACGGAGAAACUGUUGCUGCCAACAGUACCGGGGUCACCAAUGGUUUUGUCAAGCCUAAACUGGUGCCUCGGCCAAUCAUUCACCCACUCUCCAGCCCCAGUAACAUGUUCUGCGUUACCAGCCUUGACCCCGACACGCUGCCCUCGGUGGCCACGCUGCUCAUGGACGUCAUGUUCUACUCGGGCGGAGCGAAAGAGACCGGGGGGCAGAGCGAGGAUUCUGGACACAUCCGCUUUUUCUCCUUCUCCCUGAUCGAGGGCUACAUCUCUCUAGUUAUGGAUGAGCAGACGACUCGGAGGUUUCCAAACAAUGUCCUCUUCACCAGCGCAUCAGGAGAGCUUUGGAAAAUGGUCCGCAUUGGAGGACAACCCUUAGGGUUUGAUGAAUGUGGCAUUGUGGCUCAGAUAUCUGAACCGCUGGCGACCGCUGACAUUCCAGCCUAUUAUAUCAGUACCUUCAAGUUCGAUCACGCUCUGGUUCCUGAGGAAAACAUCCAGAGUGUGAUCGGAGCCUUGAGGACCAAUGAGAGCACAGGACAGUGAGACGUUUGGACGGGAGUCCCACUUCCCUGAAAACAUUGAGAUUUCUUAUGUCAAACUCUUAAAGUGCCAAGAUCUUACCUGAGGGGUGGUUAUGGGAGAAGAAUCUGAGGGGGAAUGAAUAAGUGAGGGGGCGGGGGGGUCUAGUCUUGCAGUCGGUAUUGAGCGACAACAUCACUUCCUGUCUGUUCCCUGCAAAAAAGAAAACCCUAAUCCCCACCCACCUCUACAGGGACCCUGCGAUAGUGUGAAUCCAGUGUUUUUCUUCUCUUCUUUCUUCCCGCCCCUCUUCCUCUUAUCCACUCCUCCUCAUCCUCCGCUCAUCAUUUUACCAUGGCAACAGGGCCUGGACUUCAGAUAGCGAUUCUUAAGACGUUGCAAAUAACCAUUAUGUACUAGCGGCAGGUCCUCCUCCUAGAGGACACAGAAUGUACUCCAAUGUAUCUUGAGAUUUAUUUUUAGUUUUUCCUGGCCCCCCUUCCUGUUUUCCCUUGCAGUGCCAAGACACGGGGCAUAAACACACUCCUUGUCUAAAACAUGAUGUUUUUCUGGAUGCUAUUUGAUGGUUCAGGGGUUUUUUGUGUGUGUUCUGCAAAAUGGUCCAGUCACAAGUUCAGUCUGUGAAAGAAGCUUUUCACGCUCAUUGUUUGGAAAGUUUACCAUUUUUAUUUAGAGCUUUUGUUUCUUUCCCCUCACCUCAAUCUUAUGUUCACGUUUCAAUGCCAAGUGGCUGGGUAAUGAAUUAGUAGUUGUUGUUGUUGCUGCUGUUGUUGUUUUUUGCCUUCAAAGUACAAUCAAUGGGUUUUCUGUCCACCCGGCCGAGUUGGCAGCGAUUGGAAACAAGGAUUCAGGUGAGGUGAAACUGAUCACAUGCCCUUGUUCAGGUUAAAUACACAUACACGAAUCGUGCAGUUUACUGUAAUACUGUUUUUAAACGCUCGGUCUGAUGGGGACGUCAUUUUUAUUUCCGCCCUGGAGUCGUUGCGCGGUUGCGAACGCACAAAAUGCCUCUUUAGUCUUCACCACUACUCGCUCUUUUGGGUAUUUUGCAAAGCUGUCUCUUCAUUCACGGAGGAAACUGUUGGGGGAACCUGUCGUUUGUUGAAUGUUAGUUAAGGUCAGGUGUCACAGACACUGGCGUUAGUUUAGGCCUUCAAGCUCCCCUUGUCUGCACUUUAUUUAAGGUCUAUCUUACAGAUCUUACUCUUCUGAUGUGAAAUACCGGGGAUGAGUAUCUUCCCCUUGAAGGAGUCUCUUUUAGAAGGGGUCACUUGUUGCUUUUUAGACCUGGAUGGGUGUCUUUUUCCACAAGCUUUUCUUCUAUCAGCUAUGAAGCAGAAAUUUGCAAAACCAUACAUUUAUCAGUGUUAAGAAGGGGUGACCUGUUUGUUUUCUGACAAUUAAAGACGUGAAACAAUAUUUUUUCAGCUUAGUUUGUAUUUAGGUUUGAUUUUUUUUUUUUUUUUUCUUUCAAUCGUUACUCCUUUUUUCCCACUGUUUGAACCAUGUUUUCUUAAGCGUACAGUGGGGGUUUACACCAUGCGAAACUAGACCAUGUGCCAAUUGCGGAUUUAUCUAGUUUAUGAAGAUGUUUAGUCAUAUCUGUGAUUUACAAAUGAUUUCUGUGGGAUGAUAUUUGCUAAAGCUACUUCUAACUACCCAAACAAAUGACUGAUUUGGAGAAUUUGAUUAAACCAGCUCAGACACCAGAAAAGAUCAUGAAUUGAUUGCUUUUGUUUCACUUUCAUGAAUUUUUUUUUCUGUCUCUUGACACAAAGUGUAGGUGAGAAACUGUUCCUAUAUACUUGCACAUUAAAGAGGGUGACUUUCAA